AGCGUGAAAUGGAUGAAGUUUAAAAAAAUAAAAAGAGAACAUAGGAAAAAAUUCCAAAGUUAAGUUGUUGACGCAACUCCUUUGUUCCUAUGUUGAUGACACCAGAAGGUGACAGAUGGAUGUAGUGUUAAUCACAGUUUGAGUUAAGUGGGUCGUUUGAGUUGACUUACCUUUCCGAUGAAUUGGAAUUCUUGCCUUUUCCACCACAAACGCGUUUCACAAUCAAGAGAAUUUUGCACUUCGUAACAACCCAACUCACUUCAGGUAGUUGUUGAAAAGGGUCCGUGAUGUUGUCACCUGAUCCCUGUGAUCCAAGCUUGCUUCUGUGUCUACCAGAUGAUGUUUUUGGCAUGGUGUCAGGGUUCCUUUUGCCCAGAGAUGUGUGCAAUCUCAGUCUCUGCUGCAAGAGUCUCUAUGCUCUUGCAUCAUCUGAAAAAGUGUGGUUCACUCAAUGUGACAUGCUUCGGGUAGUGCCGCACAAAGACCUUGUUGAGUGGAGAGAGGGUGUGUCAUCUUACAAGGCACUUUGCCGUUUCCUUUUGAGUGUUAAACCAAUGCUUGGAAUAUGGGUUUAUCAGAAUCCUGAGCUUGGUAACCUUGUCUAUGUUAUGCCUGGUUUUGUUUCAGUUGUUGGGUGUAGGAUAAUUCCUCAGGAGCUUGGUCCAUUGGGGAUUCAUGAUGGUCCUAUCCUUUGGUCAUCUGUGUUUGAGGUUAUUGGUGAUUUUGAUGGUUCAACUACCUUUUUUCUCCAUGGAAGGGAAGAGGGAAUAGACUAUGUUUAUGGCGGCUCAGUCAAGUAUAUAGAUGAAUCUUGCAAUAUGUUAUUGCUUGAGGUUGAACCUAGGGAACAUGAUUAUUAUCGUAGUACUUUGUUGCAGAGUAGGUGCUUGCAUGAAUCAACAUCAGGAAAGGUUUGUAGGUCAGACCGUGAGGUUUCUAGAUUACAAAGGGUGAAUGGAAAUAAUGAGGCAAUGGUUCCCUUCAGCAAGUUGGCUUUUAGUGAUAGAAGAAAGUUGCUUGAAGCCACUGUUGGCCUAGUUCGACAAGAUGUUCCUAGUAUGGCAGCGGGACCAUUGUUUCCUAGGUUGAGAGAUGAUGGUGACAACUUAAAGAAAGAUUUGGUGCUGUUGAAGGAAAGAAGAGCACACCUUUGUCAAAUGUGCAACCAUGGUGGUCAGAUUGACAAUGAGGAAAUUGCUCACGGGGUAGUUGGUCCAAUGCAAUUAGAGCUGGAUGACAUGAGAAAGAGUUGUAUCUGGUCAAAGGACUUCUCUGAUCUUAUGAACAAGGGGGAUGUUCACACCCCAUGCACCAAGAAAAAAAGUCUUGGUGGAUAUUUCUGGGGUAGCUUCAAACAGAUCCUUGGAAAAUCUAGUUCAGUUAAUGAAAGUCAUGCAAUUUUCAAGAAGCUUACUUCAAGGCGUGAGAUAAAGCACGCAAAGCUUGAAGACUUUCUUAGAUCAGGCGAUGCAAUAGGACUAACAUUAAAGGCCUCAACUGUAAUAUUAUCCUCUUAUCGAGCAUGGCCGAAUAUGCCUGAUAAUUUGUUUGCACUUUACAAGAUGCCAUUGCGAGCUCCAACAGCAGAUCAAGUUUAUGCCGGUUUGUGGGGGGGAACGUUUGGUUGGCCUCCUGGAAAACCUUCUGAAGACAAGCCUGGAAAGGCCCUAUUCUUUCUUCUGCUCUCGUAUGAGGAGUCCCAGGAUCAGAAGCUUCUUAUUGCAACAAAAAUAUUGGAAGGCACUAACUAUGUCUUGCAUCCUAAUGGUUCAGCAAUGUUUACUGUGUAUAUCAAUGAGCCUUCAUCUGAACCCUUUCCCUGGGACAUCAAUGAAGACUCCUUGUCAGUGGAUAUCAAACAUGCUUUUACAGGAGAGGGUAUUUCAAACGGUUAUGGGUUCAGAUACCCUGGAUCAAAGCCUGGCUCACUCUUUGUAUUUCAAAAUGGUGUCCUUGCCUUUGUUUGGAAGGACAGUAGGAAUGUCUUGAGUUUGCAAAGACUUGACUUGCAAGAACUUUUGAAGAAAGGAGAAAGAGUACCUUCUCUUCCUCCCAUCAACAAUUUUUCAUAUUUAACCAAGUCUUACUCAAAUGUGUUUACAGGCUUUCCUGGCUCUUCCACUAGCUUGCUUUCACCAAGGUAAAGACAACACUAGCAUAUUUAUGGUUUUGGGACUACAUGGUUUUAGCCCUAUUUCAAAUAUUAUAACAUUUUAACAAGAGGAUCAUAAACUUCUUGACGUCUGUUGCUGGAGUUGCAUUGCUUUUGGUUGUCACACAGAGAAUACACUUCUUGCUGUUGGUUUCAUGUUAAUACUAGUGCCUUUUUAAGAUCAAAGGUGGACAUAUUCUGUCUUAUAAAGUAUUAUUAUUAUGUAUUAUCUUUUGUAGUAAAGUAUUCUGUAGUUGUAUACGCUGUUGCUUGUUACACAAAUAGUAAAAACUAUAUACUAUAUA